AGGGGGAGGUGAGGAGCAGGCUGGGGAGAGGAGGACCUGGAUAGAUAAGAUCCUGGGAUGAAGACCAGGGUGGUGAGUUGGGAACCAAGAUAUUGAGAUGUGGACCAGGAUAGUUGAGGUGAGGACUUGGAUGAUGAGUUAUGGAUUAGGAUGCAGAGUUAGGGACCAGGAUGAUGGCUUGGGGACCAAGAUGGUGAGAUGAGGACCAGGAUAGUGAGUGGAGGUCUUGGAUGUUGAGUUGUGGAUCAGGAUGGUAAGUUAGGGACCAGGAUGGCAAGUUGGAGACCAGGAUGGUGGGUUGAGGACCAGGAUGAUGAGCUGGGGACCAGGAGGGUACGUUAGGGACCAGGAUGGUGUGUUGAGAUCCAAGAUGUUGAGUUGGGGACCAAGAUGGUGAGUUGAUGGUGAAAGGAGGACUAGGACAGUGAGUGGAGGAUCAGAAUGUGAGCUGAGCACCAGAAUCGUGAGUUGAAAACCAGGCUGGCCAAAGGAUUUUUCAAUCCGAAAGGAAGGAGAUGGAAGAUUAAUUUUCACUCCACAACACUUUCACACAACAAUCCCUUGAGACUUUGACAUACUGGCUUGUCCAGGAUUUCAACACCCAGGUGGCUCUGUACCGGGAGUUGGUCAUUUCCAUUGGGGACGUCUCAGUCAGUUGUCCAUCUUUACGUGCUGAAAUGCACAGAACGCGAACCAAAGGAUGUGAGAUUGCCUAUCAGGCACACCAAAAGCUGACAGCAAUCUCUGGCCCAGAAGAUGGGGAGAUUCAUCCUGAAAUCUGUAGACUGUUUAUCCAGUUGCAGUGUUGCUUAGAAAUGUACACAACAGAGAUGCUAAAAUCCAUAUGCCUACUUGGAUCGCUUCAGCUUCAUCGGAAAGGGUUGGAGACUUGUGCAGCACCCAAGAUCAUCGACAGUAAAAUAGAGGAGAGUUCAGAAGUUCCUAUUUUAGAAGACACCUCAUCUUCACCAACAGACAUCCAGCAACAUUUAUGCCAGGUUUCCACAGAUAUUGAAAACACAGAGAAGGAUAUGAGAGAAAUGAAAAACCUUUUAAGUAAACUCAGGGAGACUAUGCCUUUGCCACUGAAAAAUCAAGAUGAUAGCAGCCUCCUCAACUUGACUCCGACUCCUUAUCCAUUAGUGCGGAGACGGAAGCGGCGAUUCUUUGGACUGUGCUGUCUUGUCUCAAGCUAGAUGACCCAAUACAGAAGUGCACAGAUGAUUAACAGCCAAUACAAUUUGACCUUUAUCGGGAUAAACCUAAAUGCUCUAAGUGAUUGUGUAUGUUUUCUACACUGCCCUAAUUAUAUUUCUUCCCUCCUUUUUGAAAGUUUUACAGUUGUUGCUGAUGAGAACCAAAUCCAGAAUCCAAUUUAACAUUAAAAAUAUUUUUAAACUUUUUUUAAUGCCAUACUGCAUGUCCACUUUAAACCAUUGUGUUAUCAGAUGCAAAUAUUUUAAUUAUGAAAUAAAACAUGCAGAGGUUUUUUUAAUUUAGUGUAAAAACCACCACUGAUUGUGUACAGUACAAUACUUAUGACUAUAGCUCUUGCUAGUAUGAUGUUAAACUAUUUGAAUAUAUUCUAUUAAACAAUCCUAAUCCAUAGAAAACUAUUUAGAACAGCAAACCUAUGCUCAAAUUCUAAACAGCUAAAAUAAACAGAGCCAAUAUCUUAAGAGAACAUGCACAAACUCUCCUAUUGCUUUUUGUGCUCUCAUUCAUAUUUAGUCUUCCACUCUGUAUCUCAGCUUAUAUGAAUCUCCAUAAAUACAGUAUCUUAAUUUCUAACUCACAAGCAACAUAACAUUGAUAUGUUGUUCCUGUAAAUAUCAGAUAAUUAUAUCUACAUAUUGUACAAUGCAUAGAAAUAGCUAAUUUACUUUUUAACCCCAGCCUCCACAAAUGUAUCUAUUUCUACUUUGGGAAGAAAGGAUUUCAGCAUUUAAGAAAUGGUGUAGGAAACAGUAAAAUCCACAGAUUUAAAGCAGAUUAUCCCAUUUUGUUUCCAUUAAAGGUUGAAGCAUGGUGUCUGAACAUCAACUUAGUGUUACUGCUUAUAGGGCAUGCCAGAUGUAGCUCUACUUGUAAAAUAUUAAACAUUUUACAUUGUUAAUAAAUAUUUUUAGUUAAAUUAAAA